AUGGAUUCGAUAUUGACGACGUAUUUGCCAAAUAUAGGUUACUCUUUUUUCGCUCUGUUCAUCAUCACACUGAUCGCCUUGUACUUCUACAUCGAAACCAGACGUGAAGUUCGUCUUCUGCUGAAGUUACCAAAUCCACCACGUGUACCUAUCCUAGGCCAUGCUUUAAUAAGUUUGAAAGUAGAUCCCGAAACUAUACUACACAAAGCCUUUGACUAUAUCCAACAAUAUGGGUCAGUCGUAUCGGCACACUUAGGACCAAGAGGUUUUGUCUUCCUAACAGAUCCGCAAGACAUCGAGAUAAUCUUGGGUAGCACCGUCCAUCUCGACAAGUCCGUGGAGUAUAGACUCUUUAAACCGUGGCUCGGAGAUGGCUUGCUGAUCACUACCGGUGCCAAAUGGCGUAAACAUAGGAAGGCGAUAGUUCCUACAUUCCACAUGAGCAUCCUGAAGACAUUUGUACCUUUAUUUUACCAGAAUAGCUUAGACCUCGUGAAUCGACUUCGCGAUAAGGUUGGUCAGGAGUUCGAUUGCCAUGAUUACUUAUCGGCGGUUACUGUUGAUAUCUUGACGGAAACUGCGAUGGGAGUUAGUAGAAAAAGGAGGCAGAACACUAGUUACGAAUAUGCAAUGGCCGUGAUGAAACUGAGUGAUAUCUUACAUCGACGACACUACGACAUCUCUAUACGCCCGGACCAAUUGUUCAAAUUCACAAAACUCGCCAAAGUGCAACAGAAGUUGCUUGAUACCGUUCAUUUGUUGACGGGGGACGUGAUCAAGGAGAAAUGGAAGGAUAUCGAAGAACAGGAAAAGAGAGGAACGCAGGACGAUGACAUCAAGUGUAAAAAAUCGACCGCGACCAAAGACACGGAAUAUGUCAAUUACACAAAACUGCAUUACGUAAGAGAUGAUCUCGAUGAUAUCGAUGAGAACGACAAGGGCGAGAAAAAGCGACUCGCCUUCUUAGAGAUGUUGAUGGAUAUGAAGAAAAACGGCGGACAGAUGACCGACGAGGAGAUAUGGGAAGAAGUCAACACUAUCAUGUUUGAGGGUCAUGACACCACAGCAGCCGGCUCGAGUUUUGCACUCUGCGUGUUGGGAUCUCUACCCGAAAUCCAGGCACGUGUGCACGAAGAAUUGGACUCGAUUUUCGGCGACAGCGACAGACAGUGCACUUUCCAAGAUACAAUGGAAAUGAAGUAUCUCGAGAGGGUUAUUCUGGAGACUCUAAGGCUCUUCCCGCCGGUACCAUUAAUCGCUAGGAAGGUUAAUGAAGACGUGAGGAUAGUUACUGGCAAUUACGUCAUUCCGAAGAACGUCACUGUAGUAAUCACACAAGUUCUACUACACCGUUCGGAAAAAUAUUAUCCGAAUCCACUAGUUUUCAAUCCCGACAAUUUUCUACCAGAGAGGAUGCAGCAAAGACAUUACUACGCUUUUAUUCCCUUCAGCGCUGGGCCGAGAUCGUGCGUAGGACGGAAAUACGCUGUGCUGAAAUUGAAGGUAUUAUUGUCGACAAUAUUGAGGAAUUACCGCAUUAUUUCUGACGUGUCAUAUAAAGACUUUGUCUUGCGAGGCGACCUUAUCCUGAAGAGAGGAGACGGAUUUCCUAUCAAGAUCGAGCCGCGUAAACCCACGUGUUAGACGGGAGUUAGUAUUCCCGCAUAAGCAUGAGAUAGUAUAAACAUGAAAUAAUAUAAUUUGUAAGAAUCUCAGUAAAAAUUUUAUUCUCUGUAUAGUUCUGAAUCAUAUAUAUCGAACUAUUUGUCUCUACUGACUAACUAAGUUUUCUAUUUACCUUUCCAUAGCGCUUUUACACGAUAUACUUGAAGAAAAAAUAAAUUUUGUUUAAAAUAACAAAUAAUCGUCUUUUUUGUAAUUAUUUAUAAUUUACUUAUACUUGUACAUGUGUAAUAUAUUAUUCUAUAUUUUUGUCGAUUACGAAUUCGGUGACCAAUAUUAAGAUAGAAGUACCAAUGUAACUCUUAUAUAUAUUGAGGCAAAUAAAACGUAUAUCUCGUA